CCUAUUGUUGGGUAAAAUGAAUUCACUUUUUCUUGGGCUUAGAGUGAGAGAUGGAAAACAUCCCAAUGCAACUCAUAUGGAAGACCUUUUUAUGUGUAUUUGCUCUAAGUGUUUUAACUCAAAGUUUGAAAAUUUGGAAUUGGAGAUCAGAAGUUCAGUUUCAAACAGAAUUGUCUAAUAUGAAAAGAGAUAUGCAUGUGCCUUCCUUAGAAGGAUUCAACACACAAGUACAACAGAGUGCGCGACCACUAGAAGCAUGUAAAAAAUUCAACAGAACCUUCCCAACCUCGAUGGAAGAAAAUAUGAAUGUUGUGAAGAAUUACAAGUUUACUGUGCCAACUGAACUUUUACAUCGUCUUCAACUUGAUGAUGAGGGUAUAAAUACUUUGAUAAAUCGAAAACAAAACAGCUCCAUACCUGUGAUUGUAUCAGGGAUCUCAGAUAACCAUUUUGGCGAAUUUGAUGGACUACUCCACUCUAUCAAUAUCCACCCGCGAAAAAAAUAUCCAGAGAUAAAGUUCAUAGUAUUUGAUUUAGGGUUAUCAAAAGCCCACAGAGCUGAUCUACAGAAGAAAUGUAAAUGUGAUGUUAGAACAUUCCCUUUUGAGAAAUUCCCUUCCCAUGUAAAACGUUUGCAAGGAUAUACCUGGAAGCCCAUUAGUCUUCAAAUGAUGUUACAGGAAUAUGAUUUUAUCAUGUGGGUGGACUCUUCUAUCCGUUUCAAUGAAAAAUUUAAUCAAUUAUUUGAACGAGCAAGGCGUAUAGGGAUUCAAAUUCUCGAGGGAGACGGUUCAAUCACUGUUCGAACACAUCGAGGUUUAUUUGACUUCCUAAAAGAAGAACCUUGCAUGUUCAACUAUCCGGAAGUCCAGCCUGGGUGGUUUCUUAUCAAGCGAACUAAAUUCGCACUGAAAAUGUUACUGCGUCCAGUAGUGUCGUGUGCACUACAAUAUGGCUGCAUGGAUUUCCCGGAUGCUGGAAGGUUCUUAUACUGCAAAGACCCAAACAGACCAUCAGCUUGCCAUAGAUAUGACCAAUCUGUUCAUGGAAUCAUCUUGACGAGAAUAUUUAAUAAAGUUCGAAACUCCAUCACGUUUAAAGAAAAAGAAUUUGGAAGUGUGUCCAGAUCGUGAUAGUCAAAGUUUAUGUACAAUGUUUUACAUAUUUUAGAAUCUAUUUGAAUAUCAUGCGUUUGUUAAAUAUUUUAUAGUAGCAGUUGAGUUUUUUCUUCGAAGUCAGUAACUUGUUAUGCACAAGAUAUAUGAACAUUGUUACUUGUAAUA